AUGUUCAAAAUCAAUCCAAGAUCAAUCAACUUUGCCAGAUCCUUUAGUCAAAGCUUAAGACUCAGACAAGUUCAAGAGAUAGAAAGUGUUGACCAAUACAGAAAAUUGAUAGCCAAUGAAGGAUUAACUUUCAUUGAUUUCUAUGCUACUUGGUGUGGUCCUUGUAAAGCUAUCGAACCAAUUAUCAACAAAUUAUCAGAAAAAGUUCCAGAAAUCUCCUUUGCCAGAGUAGAUGUUGAUCAACAAACUGAAAUUGCUAAAAUCAAUGGAAUUUCUGCUAUGCCUACACUUAUCUUAUACAAAGAUGGUGGUCCAUUAGAUGGUGUUAUUGGUGCUGACAUCAAGAAAAUCAUGGAAAAACUUUCAUUACACUCUGGUAAAGAAGUCAAAUUAUAA